GCGACUCUCAGUUUGAAUUCAACAACCGUAUCAUGCAAACAAAGCUUUUUCUCAGUCUUAUUUUAGUCCUUCUAUGCGGACGUUACGUGCAUUCAUGUGGGUGCUACGGUCCAACGAGUUGUUCCUUGCGGGGAAAGCGUUGUAAUAUAGGUAGAUUCAAGUACUUGACGGCAUGGGACCCUUGCGUGUGCGACUGUUGUGUUGUCUGCAAUGAGUGUCCUGCCUUGCUUUCUGGAUGUGUUCGCGCCUUUGCGUCUGGAAUGGAACUUGCCCCACCUCUCGCAACCCUCCACUUCAAUGAAACAGUGGAGCCGCGUGCACUGGUACACGCUGAUGGAAAGAAACUUGGACUGUGGGGUGAUGCUUGCUUGAAUGGGACAUUGCCAGAUGGCCUUGGUUUUGAAUGGAAUGACACCGAAGGGACAUUCUUUCUGAAAGGUGUGCCACAGGAGAGGGGCCUUUGGGAGCCCUCUGUGGUGAUCCGAGGAGGUGGAUCGCAAAUCUGGAAAGCAGAUCUUAAAAUCAGAGUGAGGUGACUGCCUAAAUGCAAGAUAGUGUAAAGAGGCGCAAUGGAUUGCGUUGAGAGCACGGUGUGGGGAUUGCCCAAUGUACCGUUAACAACCUGUAAAUUAGUUUCGAAUGUGUAUCGAUCAUUCAUAAUUUCGGUGAGGACUUAACUCCAAAUCCAUGACAUAUCCUAAAGC